AUGGCCGCCUCCACCAUGUCUGUCUGCUCUGACGCUUGCACCAACUCCUCCUGGCAGGUGGAUGACUGCCCAGAGAGCUGCUGUGAGCCUAGCUGCUGUGCCCCCAGCUGCUGCCACUGCUGUGCCCCAGCCCCCUGCCUGACCCUCAUCUGCACCCCAGUGAGCUGUGGGUCCAGCCCCUGCUGCCAAUCUGUCUGUGCUAGCUCCUGUGCACCCUCAUGCUGCCAGCAGUCUAGCUGCCAGCCCUCAUGCUGCCAAUCUUCCUGCUGUGUGCCUGUCUGCUGCACACCCAUCUGCUCAGGAUCCUCCUCCUGCUGCCAGCCCUCAUGCUGCACCUCCUCACCUUGUGUGACCCUUUGCUGCAAGCCUGUCUGCUGCACACCUGUCUGCUCUGGAUCCUCAUGCUGCCAGCAGUCUAGCUGCCAGCCAGCUUGCAGCACCUGCUCUCCUUGCCAGCCAUCCUGCUGUGUGACCCUGUGCUGCAAGCCUGUCUGCUGCACACCCAUCUGCUCUGGAUCCUCAUGCUGCCAGCCCUCAUCCUGCUGUGUGCCUGUCUGCUGCAAGCCUGUCUGCUGCAAGCCCUGCUCCAGCGUGUCCCUGCUCUGCCGCCCUGUGUGCAGACCUGCCUGCUGUGUGCCCAGCUCCUCCUGCUGUGCCUCGUCCUGCCAGCCCAGCUGCUGCAAGCCCUGCUCCAGCAUGUCCCUGAUCUGCCGUCCUGCCUGCUCCAGCCAGCUCCCAGCCAACCCCACCAUGGCCGCCUCCACCAUGUCUGUCUGCUCUGACGCUUGCACCAACUCCUCCUGGCAGGUGGAUGACUGCCCAGAGAGCUGCUGUGAGCCUAGCUGCUGUGCCCCCAGCUGCUGUGCCCCCAGUUGCUGUAUCCCUAGCUGCUGUGCCCCCAGCUGCUGUGCCCCCAGCUGCUGUGCCCCCAGCUGCUGUGUCCCCAGCUGCUGUGCCCCCAGCUGCUGUGCCCCCAGCUGCUGUGCCCCCAGCUGCUGUGUCCCCAGCUGCUGCCAGUCCAGCUGCUGUGCCCCAGCUCCCUGCUUGACCCUCAUCUGCACCCCAGUGAGCUGUGGAUCCGGCCCCUGCUGCCAAUCUGCCUGCAGCAGCUGCUGUACCCCCUCAUGCUGCCAGCAGUCUAGCUGCCAGCCCUCAUGCUGUCAAUCCUCCUGCUGUGUGCCUGUCUGCUGCAAGCCUGUCUGCUGCACACCCAUCUGUUCUGGAUCCUCAUGCUGCUGCCAGCAGUCUAGCUGCCAGCCCUCAUGCUGCACCUCCUCACCUUGUUGUGUGACCCUUUGCUGCAAGCCUGUCUGCUGCACACCAGUCUGCUCUGGGUCUUCCUCCUGCUGCCAGCAGUCUAGCUGCCAGCCCUCAUGCUGCCAAUCCUCCUGCUGUGUGCCUGUCUGCUGCAAGCCUGUCUGCUGCAAGCCCUGCUCCAGCGUGUCCCUGCUCUGCCGCCCUGUGUGCAGACCUGCCUGCUGUGUGCCCAGCUCCUCCUGCUGUGCCUCGUCCUGCCAGCCCAGCUGCUGCAAGCCCUGCUCCAGCAUGUCCCUGAUCUGCCGCCCUGUCUGCUCCCGCCAAGCCUGCUGUGGCCUCUCCUCGGGCCAGAAGUCCAGCUGCUGA